AUGGUGGAGGCUCAGUCAUGGACCACUCGCCGGAGCAGCAAUCCUAGGCUAGAAACCUCCGUCGACAUCCCGACCACGCCCACCGGUGAAGUCCGUUACGGUACCAGCAACAACAUUUUCGCGGCCUUAUCUAUCACAUCAGUCGUUUCUCCGACAAUCUUAACUGCUCUGAUCAUCGCGUCAUGCUUGAUCGCAAUCCGGUGGUUCCAGAUCGUUCCGUUUCAACAGAUUUCAUCUCGAAAGCAGUUUUUUAAAAUAUUCGCAUUAUCCGCAAUUUUCUGCUUUUCAGUCGUUUGUGGAAAUACCUCACUCAGAUACCUGCCUGUUUCAUUCAACCAAGCUAUUGGAGCAACGACGCCAUUUUUCACCGCGAUCUUCGCUUUCCUGAUCACUUGUAAGAAGGAGUCUGCUGAGGUAUACUUCGCUUUAAUGCCAGUUGUAUUCGGAAUCGUUUUGGCGAGUAACAGCGAACCAUUGUUUCAUUUGUUUGGAUUUUUGAUGUGCGUGGGAUCCACCGCUGGCAGAGCGUUGAAAUCGGUGGUUCAAGGAUUGUUGUUGACGUCGGAUUCGGAGAAACUCCAUUCAAUGAAUCUCUUAUUGUAUAUGGCGCCAAUGGCGGCGGCGAUUUUGUUACCUUUUACUUUGUAUAUAGAAGGGAAUGUGUUGGGCAAGACAUUAGAGAAAGCGAAAAGUGAUUCGUUUAUGGUGUUUUUGUUGAUCGGAAAUGCUACAGUGGCGUAUUUGGUGAACUUGACGAACUUUUUGGUGACGAAGCAUACGAGUGCAUUGACAUUGCAGGUGUUAGGAAACGCCAAGGCUGCUGUUGCAGCGGUGGUUUCUGUAAUGAUUUUCAAAAAUCCGGUGACGGCGAUGGGGAUUUCCGGUUUCGGGGUGACGAUAAUGGGAGUAGUUCUUUACAGCGAGGCAAGAAAAAGAUCUAAAGUCACAGUUCACUGA